GGGACAUCGUCAAAGAUGAAUUUCGGAAGAUUCAUAUCCCUCAAGGCCCGCAUGAGAACGACAUCCUCAGGAAGAUCCAUGGAAGUUCUCUUCAGCUGUCCGGCCAUAUUAAGAACGGACUUAAGCGCCCGAAGACCAAAAUCAUAAUUCUGGGAGCUCUGUUCGACCUGCGUAUCCUGGGUUCAUUGUUAUGAAAAUACCAACUUUUCUGUCCAGCACGAUAUCUUGACCUUCAAACUGGAACAGAUAACAACAAUUCGGUCCAUUGUGGGUAAAGAUGCACAACACAGAUACGCCUCCAAUGUCCCCAGGUAUUGACGAUGAGCUCGACGAGGAGGACAUGGUGUACGUGGGAGAUGUAGACGAAGUAAUUGACGCCCUGGAGAAUGAAGAGCCUAUGGAAGAUGAGGAUCCAGAGGUGGACGAUUCCAUCACUGUGUUCGACAGACAUCAAAAAUCUGUAUUCUGCGGCUCCUUGACUAGGGAUGGAAAAUUGGCAGCGACAGGUGGAGAAGACGAUAUGGCUUACGUCUGGGACACAACCUCUGGCGAGAUGAUUCACGAGUGCACAGGGCACAAAGACAGUAUCAUUUUCGCUGAAUUCAACAAAGAUGACACUUACUUGGCCACUGGAGACAUGAGUGGACUCAUUCAAGUUUGGAAGAUGAGUGACAAAAGUGUCGUAUGGGAUUUUGAAAUUGGUGAUGCAGCUUGGUUAAGGUGGCAUAAACAAGCGAAUGUCCUAUUUGCUGGCAGUGUAGCAGGUGAAAUAUACAUGUGGAAAAUCCCCACUGGCGAAUGUAAAAUAUUCCAGGGCAAUGGGCAGAAGACUGAAACAGCAGUCGUAUGUGCAGACGGUCAACGACUCAUCGCAGGAUACGAAGACGGUGCCAUUAGGGUCAUGGAUCUGAAAGAAGGAACAAUUCACACAACAAUCCUCCCAAACAUAGCCCAUUCAGCUCCCACCACCGACUUAGACUGUCAGUUCGACAGUAAAUUGAUAGUAUCUGCUGCCACCGAUGGCAAGACUGUCCUCAGCACAGUAGCCACUGGCAAAGUAGUCGGAGUCCUUCAACAUCUCCAAGAGAACAAACAGGCGAGUACGGAAGAAGGCACGAGUCAGGAAUCAAAAACCGAUGAUUGGAUUGAAGCAGUUGCAUUCUGCAAGGAUCCUGAGCUGCAUUUUGUUGCCACUGGAACUCUGAGUGGAGAAAUAUUCAUUUGGGAUGUCUCAAAGCAGGUGGUUAGGCACAAGAUCACACAAGAGGGGGGAGUCAGCAAACUCGUAUGGAAAGGAACCAGUCCUAUUCUUUUUUCUGCUGGAUUGGAUGGAGUUCUACGGUGCUACGAUGCCAGAACUGCUCAGCUUCUACAGUCUUUUAGUGGGCACCGACAGGAUAUUCUGGAUAUUUUCAUCUCUGGCGAUGGAUCGAAAAUUUUGACGACUUCAGAUGACUCAACAGCUCGGAUAUUUGAUAUCUCUGCAUAUUAAUUCUAUAAUGAUGAUGGUUCCGAUAGCUCAAAUUCAAAAAACAACAUUCUAUUAGAAAUAAAUAUCAAAGAAUAUAUUGUAUUCCCCAUUGCCUAUAUACAAUUAAAAUCUAUUUCUUUUUAUUAAAGCUA